GUGGGAGAGGACUGGUACCUGGAGGGUUGUAAGCAGAAGUGUAUGUGUCAUGGUGGUGGCAACAUCGAGUGUAGUAACACUACAUGUAAUCCAGUCACUGAGAGCUGCCAGCUACACGAGGGAGAAUACGAAUGCAGACCCGUGGUCAUCAAAAAAUGUGUUCAUGAUAUAUCCUUUACUUACUCACAAGGGGUCGAGUGUCCCUCGGGCAGUGAGCACAACCACUGUGGCCCUGCUUGUCCUCAGCCCACUUGCCAGAACCCUGCUGGCUCAGGAGGCUCCUGCAAUGAGACGUGUGUGGAAGGAUGUUUCUGCAAACCUGGCUUUGUUCUUAGUGGAAAUCAGUGUGUUCCUCUCAGUGAGUGUGGAUGCACCGAUGAAGAUGGAAAGUACCGGCCGGUGGGAGAUGACUGGUACCUGGAGGGUUGUAAGCAGAAAUGUGUGUGUCGUGGUGGGGGCAACAUCGAGUGUAGUAACACUACAUGUAAUCCAGUCACUGAGAGCUGCCAGCUACACGAGGGAGAAUACGAAUGCAGACCCGUGGUGCAUACUACACCAAAACCAACAACUACAGUGCAGACUACACCAAAACCAACAACUCCAGUGCAGACUACACCAAAACCAACAACUCCAGUGCAGACUACGCCUAAACCAACAACUCCGGGGCAGACUACACCUAAACCAACAACUCCGGUGCACACUACACCUAAACCAACAACUCCGGUGCACACUACACCUAAACCAACAACUCCGGUGCACACUACACCUAAACCAACAACUCCGGUGCACACUACACCUAAACCAACAACUCCAGGACAAACUACACCAAACCCAAGUAUGAAAUUUAUUCAUAUAACUGUAGGUGCAACGGGUCGAGUGCUGCUUAGGAGCACUCGGUGUUAUCAACCAGUUUCAAAUUAAUAAC